AUGGGCAGGCGUUAUAACUCGUACAAUAUCCAGGCAACCAUGGGCAGGCGUUAUAACUCGAACUACAACCAGGCAAACACGGGCAGGCGUUAUAACUCGUACAAAAUCCAGGCAAACACGAACAGGCGUUAUAACUCGUACUACAACCAGGCAAACAUGGGCAGGCGUUAUAACUCGUACAAUAUCAAGACAAACACAGGCAGGUGUUAUAACUCGUACUACAACCAGACAAGCACGAGCAUGCCUAAUAACUCGUACAACAUCCAGGCAAACAUGGGCAGGCGUUAUAACUCGUACAAUAUCCAGGCAAACAUGGGCAGGCUUUAUAACUCGUACAAUAUCCAGGCAAACAUGGGCAGGCGUUAUAACUCGUACUACAACCAGGCAAACAUGGGCAGGCGUUAUAACUCGAACAACAUCCAGGCAAGCACGGGCAGGCGUUAUAACUCGUACAACAUCCAGGCAAACAUGGGCAGGCGUUAUAACUCGUACAAUAUCCAGGCAAACAUGGGCAGGCGUUAUAACUCGUACAAUAUCCAGGCAAACAUGGGCAGGCGUUAUAACUCGUACAACAACCAGGCAAACACGGUUAGGCGUUAUAACUCGUACAAUAUCCAGACAAACACGGGCAUGCGUUAUAACUCGUACUACAACCAGGCAAACAUGGGCAGGCGUUAUAACUCGUACUACAACCAGGCAAGCAAGGAAAUACCUUAUAAAUUGUACUAUUACCAGGCAGGCACGAGCAGACCUUAUAACCCGUACUGCGACUAG